AUUCGCAGUCUGAAAAUGCUCUAAGUCUAAAUCUCGUUUAUGUCAUUAAACGUGCAAAAUAAUCGGCGUUAUAUUCUUCAACAACUACUUUUUACUUCGACUCUUUCUACUAUUUCUAAUUCUUUUGUUACUUUUAUUAUUACUAUUUUUGCUAUUAGAAUUAUUUUGCGAAGAUAAGCAGAAUCGUGACAGGAUGACGGCGUCUGACAUUCAGAAUCGAAUAUUAGAGAUCGGAGAACGAAUUAGGAAUACUUAUAAUCACGCGUUUGCAAGAUUAAAAUUGGCCUUCAAAAGUGACCAGUUUAAUAACGAUUAUUCUACUAUAAAAGUCCUACCUGGAUUUUUGCAUGGAUUAUACCCGUUUUUAAGCUUGGGAUGUAAUACUAAUAGUCUCAUUGCUAUCAGUUCAGCAAUGACGAAUCCUUCCACAUCACUGACCUUUGCUAGUUUGUUUGACGAAGAAACCGCCCAGAAGAUUCAUGGCUUCAAAGAGGCAUUUAGUCUAUACGAUAAAGACGGUGAUGGUGCGAUAAGUUCAAAAGAAUUGGUGACUGUUAUGCGAAGUUUAGGUUUAAAUCCAACAGAGAAUGAUAUACUUGAGAUUAUUGCCGAAUUCGAUUUAGACGGAAGUGGGCAGAUAGAAUUACCUGAAUUUAUCAAUAUGAUGCUGAAAUAUACUCAAAUGGACGAUGAAAAUGAAAUACGCGAAAUAUUUAGGGUGUUCGAUCGAAAUGGCGACGGCUAUAUUUCCGCUGAAGAAUUACGACAUACAGUUAUUAAUAUGGGUUCAAACAUGACAGAGUCUGAGGUAGAAGAAAUGUUUGAAACGGCAGAUAUAAAUGGUGACGGACGGAUUAGCUUUAGUGAAUUCGUCAGGAUGCUACUCUCAUCUUAAAGCACGACAGAACUUUUAAAAGUGAUUUUAAAAGGAGACAAAAAUGGCAAGCAGUCGGCUUGAGGCGCCUCAUUAUAGGGACAAAGACUUUGUAGAAAGUUUUCUCUUCAAAUCUUCAUACCUUAAAUCUCAUGCUGGUUUUAUGUUAACUUUAAAGAAACGAAGAUCGCCCAAAGGUCGUUGACGCUUUUGCCAAAGGAUGGUUGCUAUUCCUUUCAUUUCUUUAUACAUACAUAUAUCUCUUUUAUUUGUUUACGCCUACCUCUGUUUUAUAUUUAAAGUUUUAUUUCCAUCAAAUUUCUACAUAAUUGUUUAUCUUAUGUCUGUCUUUUUCUAUCUCCUCUUCCCUGUUGGCAAAAUAUUUAUAAAUUUUGUUGAUAAAUCUAUGCAGACAGUUGUAAUAGAAAUGAAAAAACAAACAAACAAACAAACAAACAAAACAAACAUACAAAUAACAAGCGGUUUUCCUAUAAAAGUCUUUAGUCAAAGGCAUAGUAUAGGAUGUGGAAGUUGUAGGAUAUUGCGAUUCACUCAACCAAAACUCAAUUUAACUUUCCUUUCUGGUUAUUCAAUUAAUUGCAUUUGUUCCAAUCAAAGUGGUGUUUAUAAUAUUGACGAUAAAAAAUUCAUUUCAAUUUAUUCUUCCUUCCUGUCUUUUUUUUUAUUUUUUUACAGUUUCAUUCACCACAAUGUCUCUUUUAUUUUCAUUGAGAUAUUUAACGGUUUGCAUUCAAAAAGGCAAUUACUCAAUCUAUUAUAUUUAAUUAUGUUACUGGAAUAAUAAUCCAUAUUUGUAAUACAUUAUAAUAAUACAUAGAUCGACACUAUAAAAUUUUAUUAAGGCUUCUUUUUUGUUUUUUAUUUGCUAACCACCUGACAUACUAUAUCCGUCUAUUCUCCACCUACCAGCCUUACUAGCGUCACCAUCAAUUAAGCGUUUCUUUUUAUCUAUCAUAUGUACUUAAUGUAAACGCUGUUUUCUUUGAUACUGAUAAUACAGAAUUAUUCGGUAAAUGAACCUCCUGCGUGACGUCUUCCAAUAUACAAAGGGAUGUUUGUCCAACAAAAAAGCAAAAGUAAUCUUAAUUCCGAAAGGAGGAAGGGAAGAAGGAAG